AUGUAUAAGCUGCAGUUUCUUGUUCUGCUUAGCUCCUUGGUGGCUUUAGUUGCUGCUCAAGGAUCUAGGAACAACACAAGUAAAUGGCAAACACUUAAGGGAGGCCCACCUUUAGUCAUAGCUAGAGGUGGAUUUUCAGGCAUGUUUCCUGAUUCUGGUCAAUAUGCUUAUCAACUAGCAGUGCAGAUUGGCUUACCCAAUGGGGUUGUAUGGUGUGACGUUCAACUUACGAAAGAUGGAGUUGGAAUCUGCUUUCCAGAUCUUAGGCUUGAAAAUGGUUCUAACAUCGAUACUAUUUUCAAGAACGGGAGCAACACCUAUCCUGUGAAUGGGGUUCCUAUGCGAGGAUGGUUUUCUGUUGAUUUUACCUUGAACGACCUAGAACCUGUCAAUCUGAAACAGAGAAUCUAUUCUCGGGCCCCUAAUUUUGAUGCCACUCCACAGCAGAUUCUCGCUGUUGAAGAUGUUGUUGACUUGGCAAAACCACCGGGGUUGUGGUUGAAUGUUCAGCAUGAUGCCUUCUUCAGCCUACAUAAUCUGACUAUGAGAACCUUCAUUAUUUCUGUGUCUAGACGCGUUGUUGUUAAUUAUAUUUCAUCACCAGAGGUAAACUUCUUGAGAAGUAUCAUUGCACGAUUCAGAACAAGCCCGACAAAACUCAUAUUUCAGUUUCUGGGACCUGAUGAUGUGGAGCCUUCAACCAACCAAACAUAUGGUUCACUUUUGAGGAAUCUAACAUUUAUCAAAACAUUUGCCUCAGGAAUUCUUGUUCCUAAAUAUUACAUCUGGCCUGUAGACAACAGUCUAUAUUUACAGCCUCAUACGUCUGUUGUUUCGGAUGCUCAUAAAGCUGGUCUAGAAGUUUUCGCAUCAAAUUUUGGAAAUGAUGCAGCUUUAGCCUAUAACUACAGCUAUGACCCUGUUGCUGAGUAUCUCAGUUACAUUGACAAUAGUGACUUUUCUGUUGAUGGUGUACUCUCUGACUUCCCAAUAACUCCAUCUGAAGCCAUAGAUUGCUUCUCGCACAUGGGCAAAAAUGAAAAGGAACAAGUAAAGCUUUUGGUUAUCUCCUUGGAAGGAGCAAGCGGGGACUAUCCUGGCUGUACUGACAAGGCAUAUAGUAAAGCUAUAUCAGAUGGUGUAGAUGUUCUUGAUUGUCCUGUUCAAAUGACAAACGAUGGGAUACCUUUUUGCUUGGGAUCUAUCAACCUCAGAGAUAGAACUAAUGUUGAUGAAACAGACUUCAGCAACCUGGCCACAAGUAAUCCAGAUCUUAACAUAGACAGUGGAAUAUACGCCUAUAAUCUCACUUGGAGCCAAAUUCAGAGCACCUUGAAGCCUGCAAUAUACAAUCCAUACGUAAACUUUUCGCUUUAUCGAAAUCCAAAUGCCAGAAGUGAUGGGAACUUUAUGCAGUUGUCCGAUUUUUUGGCCUUUGCAAGAAAUGCGUCUUCGGUCUCUGGUGUCUUAAUCAGCAUAGAGAAUGCUGCUUACCUAGCUGAGAAACAGGGACUAGGUGUAACUGAUGCAGUUUUGGACGCUUUGAGCAAAGCUGGUUACAAUAAUCAGACAGCUAAAAAAAUUAUGGUAAAAUCUAGGGAUAGUGCUGUUUUGAGAAAGUUCAAGAGUACCAGCAAUUAUGAGCUUGUUUACCUGGUCGAUGAGGAUAUCCGCGACAUUACGAACUCAACAAUUUCAGAGAUCAAAAAGUUCGCCAGUUCUGUAGUCAUCACAAAAACAUCCGUAUUUCCUAUCGAUGAGGCAUUUCUCACUUCGCAAACGGAUGUGGUCCCAAAGCUGCAGGCCUUUGGAUUCCCUGUUUAUGUGCAAAUUUUCAGAAAUGAGUUUCCGUCUCAACCCUGGGAUUUCUUCUCUGACCCUUACGUGGAGAUCAACACACAUGUUUCUGUUAUGGGAAUUAAUGGUGUCAUUACGGACUUCCCUGCAACAGCAGCUAAGUAUAAAAGAAACCGAUGUUUAGGGUAUAAAGAGGUGCCAAUGUACAUGAGCCCCGUGCUACCCGGCAGCCUUCUUGUACUUAUGGCACCUCAAUUAUUGCCACCAGCUGAGGCUCCAAACCCGAUUCUUUCAGAGAAUGACGUGGUUGAACCACCUCUACCCUCCGUUGUGGAAAAGCCCCCGACCACUAACACUGGCAACGGCUCUACAGCACCAGGUCCGACCCCACGAAAUGGACAGCCUACAAUUGUUGCAAGCAUGAUCAUAAGUUGCAUUGCUAUCCUUACCACCCUUUUGCUUUGCUGA